AUGCAUCCAACUACCAACCUCCCAUCCCUAACAACAACCCUCGCCACAGCCACCCCCGAAACAAUCAACGCCCUCCACCUCAUCUCCGACAGCAUCGCCCAACAACGCCAAACAGCAGCCCGCUCCAUAAUCCACCACCCCAAAACCCGCCUCCUCCUCACAAUCUUUCUCUUCCUAAUCCUGACAACCCUCUAUAAAGACCCCUCCUCCUGGCCCCUUCUCCUAACAGCAACAACGGCCUCCUUCCUUACCUUCCUCCUAUCAAUACGCUACAUCACCCACGGCUACCUCGACGAGGCAGAACGCGUCGGAACAUUGGCGUGGCUAGGCUCUGAUGAACAUCCUCCUUCUACUUCAGUCACGAAUGGCGAUUCAGACUCGGUCUUGGUGUCUAAGUACGGAGGAAACGUUAUCGGGACGAUUGUUCUUAGGGCUGUGGGAUUUGGCCAGUUGGGGGGCCAUAUCUCGCUAGAGCGAUGCAGGGAGCUGGGGAUUACGGCGAGGGCGCCGGUGGGGGUUAUUCGGGCCUGGACUGUUGUGCUGGGGACGCUCACCUCAUUUGGGAUCCCGCUACGACUUGAUAACUCAUGGACUGCUUCUCUCUUGCCUGACGACCUCAUGCUAAGCUAG